AUGAGGAGAAUAAAAUCACUUGUGAGGCCCCAAACCGGCCUCCGGGCCAAGGCUGGCGUUGGCAGCUCACUCGCCGUGUCGUGCCGCGCCCUGUCCUCAUGCUCGUCCUCGUCCUCAUCCCCGCCCUCACCACUGAGGGCUGGCUCACUGAGGGCACCACUGCUCGCAGCCAACAAGCAAAGCAGCAGGAGCUACUCGUCUGAGGCCCCUCUGCAGAAGACCGCCCUGUACGAUCUUCACCUCGCCCAUGGCGCAAAGAUGGUCCCCUUCGGCGGCUUCCAGAUGCCCGUGCAGUACUCAGGCCUCUCCGUCUCCGAGUCACACAAGUUCACCCGCACCCACGCCUCGCUCUUCGACGUCUCGCACAUGGUGCAGCGCAUCUUCAGCGGCCCGGACGCCGCCGCCUUCCUGCAAAAGGUCACGCCCUCCAACCUCGAGACCCUGCCCGUGAACAAGAGCACCCUGUCCGCCCUCCUGCACCCCGAGACGGGCGGCAUCGUCGACGACACCAUCAUCACGAAGCUUGCUGAUGACAGGUUCUACGUCGUCACCAAUGCCGCCUGCCGCGAGAAGGACGACGCCUACCUGGCCGGGCAGCUCGCCACCUUCGGCGGCCAGGUCAAGCACGAGAAGCAGGACGAGAAGGGGCUCAUCGCCCUUCAGGGCCCCCCUGAGCGCCGAAAUCCUGGAGCCGUGGGCUUGACGAAGCUGUACUUCGGCUCGUGCACCUCGGCCAAGAUCAAGCUGCUCGGCAUGGACGUGUCCAGCCCGGUGCUGAUCAGCCGCGGGGGCUACACCGGCGAGGACGGCUUCGAGAUCUCGGUCCCUUCCGCCGAGGAGACCGUGGCCGUGACGGAGGCGCUGCUGGCUGUCGGCCCGGAGAAGCUCCAGUUCGCGGGCCUGGGCGCGAGGGACAGCCUGAGGCUGGAGGCGGGCAUGUGCCUGUACGGCCACGACCUGAAUGACACCACCACCCCCGUCGAGGGCGGUCUGAGCUGGAUUAUCCCCAAGGAGCGGAGGGGCGCGGACGCCGGCGUCCUCAAGAGCAAAGGCGGCUUGGGUGUCGAGAGGAGGCGUGUCGGCUUCAUAGUCGAGGGGGCGCCCGCAAGAGAAGGCGUCGAGGUCGUGAGCAGGGAGGGCGAGAAGAUUGGCAAGGUCACCAGUGGCUGCCCGAGCCCGACGCUGGGCAAGAACAUUGCCAUGGGUUACAUCAAGAACGGAUUCCACAAGUCGGGCACAGAGGUCGAUGUUGUUGUGAGAGGGCGGAACCGUAAGGCCACGGUGACCAAGAUGCCAUUUGUGGAGUCAAAGUAUUGGAAAGACACCGCUCCCGCAUAA